AUGUUGUUGCUUGCAGGAUCCUUGUUUGCAAUUGUGGUUGUUGUAUACAAGAAGAUAAUAUACCCACUCUACCUGUCUCCUCUGGCGAAAUUUCCUAGCGCUCACCCACUAGCAUCCAUAAGUUCGCUAUGGAUUCAAUGGAAGCGUUUGACAGACAAGGAAUUCGAUGCGGUGGUUUGCGGGUUUCGUCAGAAAGGGCCGUAUCUACGCCUUGGGCCCAACGAGGUGGCAGUUAACACCAUGGAGCGCGGCGUGAGAAAUAUUUACGGCGUCGGUAGCGAUAAUUUCGAUAAAUCACCAUGGUACAAUUUCUUCAAAAACCAUGGAUUCCGGAAUACAUUCUGCGCGCUCGGCUCUGAGCAUGCCGUGCACAGACGGAGAAUCAGUGGAGUGUAUUCGAAGUCGUUCCUCCAGUCUUCGCCCCAUAUCCGAACGAUUCUAGACACAGUGAUACAAGGGCGCAUCCUCCCUAUUUUGGCCCGCAAAGCUAAGGACGAGGAAACAGUUGAUAUUUUGGCGCUGAACUUAGCCUACGGGCUAGAUUUUGUUUCUGCGUUCAUUUUUGGGCUGCCUAGGGGAGUCAAAUUCCUCGAGGAUCGAGCCUCGCGCGAGCAUUGGCUCGAACUAUAUGAUCGCACACACCCAAAGAGUCUGUUUUGGUUGGCUGAAUAUCCUGUUUUGGCUCAGGUUGCAUCUAAAUUCGGUAUACCUUUGGUGCCAAAGGGGUUCCCCAAGGCGAAACGGGAGCUGGAGACAUGGGCCUUGAAGAGGCUUAAAUUAGCAGAGGAUGUUCUGGCUGAAAAUCCAACCGACGAUACGAUCCGCCCGGGAGACAUGCCGCUUUUAUACCAUGCACUUAAGGCAGGAAUGGAGACGGAGCAAGGGAAAAAGAAGAAUGGCAGAUUCGUGCCGAACAAUACUCAGCGGCAUGAACUUGCUAGUGAAUGCUUGGAUCACCUAGUGGCCACCAGAGAUACUUUUGGCAUAACGUUUUCUUUCGUUAUCCUAAAUCUUUCGCGAAACCUUGAGGUUCAGGAGCAACUUCGGGCAGAGCUACGGUCGAUGACGCGGCCAUUCCGGUACCACGAUGAAAAGAAGACAGAGAUUCCUGCACCACAGGCAUUAGAAUCGUUGACCCUCCUAAAUGCAGUCAUUAAGGAAUCUCUUCGCCUGCGAAACACCGGCCCAACCCUUAAUCCUCGUAUAACACCGAAAGGCCGCAAGGUUACACUUGGCCCGUGUGACGAUAUUCCUGCGGGAACUAGGGUCGGCGCAUAUGCCUGGUGCCUUCAUAGAAACGAAGAGGGCUAUCCCAGCCCGACAACGUGGGACCCUACACGCUGGAUUGUCGAUGCAAGUGAUCCCAAGGCUGGUGAGCGAGAUCGCUGGUUUUGGGCAUUUGGGAGCGGUAGCCGCCAGUGCCUUGGUCAGAACCUGGCAUUCGAACUGAUGCGAUUUGCCGUCGCUGGUAUUUAUACCAACUUCAAGACCAGCAUUGUUGACGACUCUGCUUUCGUCGGAGAUGAGACUUUUGUGACGGGUGAUGGUAGUGAGCAGCUGAUUCUCAAAAUCGAGCGGCUCGAGAAUUGA